AUGAUCGAGGGCGUGCCGCAUCAGGCGCUCGUUGCCCUCGAGGCCCCAGCGGGCAGUCCGCCCGCCUCCGCGAGUAGUCCGCCCGCCUCCGCGAGUAGUCCGCCCGCCUCCGCGAGUAGUCCGCCCGCCUCCGCGAGUAGUCCGCCCGCCUCCUCCUCGUCUGUGCCUGCUGCGUCUGUGUUACCGCAGUCUCUCUCCUCUGCGCUCACGUCCUCGUCCGCUUCUUCCUCUUCUCUCGAGGCUGCGGCCGCGGCUGCGUCUGCGCCGUCGCUUCUCGCGGAGAAGCAACUGAGCCAAGGUGCCGGAGCGUCGGUGCUCCCCGCGCCUCUCGACGCCGCGGCGGCUAAGGCCGAGGCGGCGUCUUCGCUUCUUCCGCAGCUGACGGUGUGGUCGCUCUUGGUCUCGCCGCUUGCCGCGAUUCCGGCGUUCAUCGCGGCGCGCGUCUUGUGGCUGAUGAAGGUGCUUGCGGUGCUGUCUGCGAUCUUUAUGCUGCUGGCGCCGCUGCCGACCAUCAUGCGCGUCAAGGCUUGUCGAAACACUGCCGAUCUGCACAGCCUUCCCUACGUCAUGCUGCUGCUUUCCGCGGUCAUCUGGCUAGUCUAUGGCCUGCUGAAGCGCGACCUCGUGCUCCUGGUGCCCAACGCCUGCGGCCUCUUCGUCUCGGCCUGGUACGUCAAGACUUUCCGCAAAUACUGCAAACACGAACAACAGGGCAAACUGCUCAACGUCUACAUCGCCCUCAGCUCCCUCCUCCUCGCGGGCAUCUUCGUCGCAGCGCUCUGCCUCGGACCUGAAAAAGCCACGCAACUCGUCGGCCUCGCUGCAGCGGUGAUCAACGUGUUCAGCUACGCGGCGCCGCUGUCCGCGCUGCGCGUGAUCCUGCGAGAGAAGAGCACCGCGUGCCUGCCUGUUGAAGUGUCAAUGGGCAACUGGAUCUGUAGCUCGCUCUGGCUCUUCUACGGCUGGCUGAGUGAAGACCUCUUCAUCCUCCUCCCCAACCUCAUCGGCACACUGGUAGGCUCGGUCCAGCUGGCGCUGUUGAUUCUGUAUCCGCCGCCGUCGCGUCGCGGCUUCUCGGUGUUGGGGGGCAGCACCUGCAGCCGCCCAUACCGCCCGCCGUCCUGCGCAGUGCCGCCGAUUGAGGAGGAUGUCUCUGCCCUCGCGGCGUCGUCGCUGACGCCUUUCUCGAAGGGCGCACACGGGGAAUUUUUGUCUUCGGCCUCGCUGCGAUCCGCGAGCACGGUGACCAGCGAGGCGGACGCGCGCGGCGGCGGGGAGGCGGCUGCGCAGGGCGCCGCGGAGGCAGUCGCGCCGUCGGUAUGCGGCAUCAACGCGCCGUCGCUCCCCACGCAUGAGAUGCUUCUCAGCGAUUGGCGUUCGGGGUUCAUCAGCACGGGCGAGGAGGGUGCAGAGGAAGACCUGGACCGGUUCCUCGACGUCGACAGCAGAGGAAACCCCUUCGCGCAGUGGGGCGCCCGUGCCGCGCUCGACGCCGCAGGCCCUCGCGACCACGCCCGCAGAGGAUUCUCGGCGUUCUUCGGACCCGGCGCAGAGAAGUGGAGCAGCGAAGGCGAACGCACCAGCGCCGCCAACCUUCUCGUCUCCGGCACGUACGACGACAGCGUAACCGGCGUCGACGUCGCAUGA